GCGGCUAAAUAAGUUAUUUUCUAAUGGUUUAGCUUUUUUUAUUCAAUUUCUAACCGAGAAAUACUAAAGUAUGAACAUGUGCAGAACCUGCCUCAAAACUCCAGCUGAUAAGCGUAUUUUGGAGCUGGAAAAGGUCAUAAAAGAUGGUAACAAGAACUCCUUCCAUGUUAUGCUGUUUUGUUUAGAUAUAGAGGUCAUCGAAGACUCUAAAAUAACAACAAAUUUAUGUAACAACUGCUACAGAAAAAUCAUAUCGUUUUACAAGUUUAAGACUUUAUCCCUGAAAAAUGAUGCAUAUUUAAAGUCUCUGGAGCCAGCUGUGCAGUUGGAAGACCAGAAAUUGUCUGUGUACGUGGAUGAAAACGGAAUUAAACACGAGAAUUUCUUAGAUCCUGAUGAUUUUGGCCCCAGUCUUGUAGAAAACAAUGCAGAAUUUAAAAUAGAAGUGGAGGUUAAGGAAGACAAGCCAUUAGAAGAUACAAAAAUACAUGUUAAGAAUGAAGAUACAUUGCAAGAUUCCGAGUCAGAUGAAGAGCCGUUGAGUGUGGUACAGAAGGUUAAAUAUGAAAAUUAUUGUAAAGAAAGUGGUAAAAACUAUGAUUCUACUAAUACAAUUUAGAUUUGUGGUUGUUGU